UGGACUUUGGGAAGGGCGGCGUGGAAGCUCUGCAAAGCCACCUUGGGCUUGCCUUGCUGAGGGAAGGAUGGAGUGAAGCCCAGGAGAGAGAGAGAGAGAGGAAGCCAUAGGAGGCUCAAAAGAGGGGCUGUGGGAGGGGAGACGGGGCCAGGUGUGUGAGGGGAGACCCUCACUCCCUCAGAGAGAGAGAGAGGAGUGUCUCCCCCCUCCAUUAAGUAAAGGCCCCACACUGAAGUCUCUCCCUCUCAGCGUGGUUUGGCCUCCCAAGUCUGGAGCCGUGAAGUGAUGCUGAAUGGACUUUUCCCUCAGAAAAGGCCAUUCAGCAGCAAGAGGUGCCUUUCCCCCUCAGGAAUAGCAUUGUCCUUUCAAAAACCGACUCUCCUUUCGAUUGGAAAUUAUUAUUAUUUAUUAUAAUUAUUUAUUAUAGAACCACAGAGACAAGACACGCGUGUGGGGGAAAUCCGUGGGCUUUGAGACCCAGGAAGCUCUCUGCCUGCUUCUCCCUCACGCUCCCAUUCUCUGCUGCUGCUGCUCAAUGCUUCUUCCUUGCUCCAGAGGCUCCUUUUUCCUCUCCCUCAAAGCAGGUGACUCUGCUCUUUCCUCUCCUUUCCCAAGGCCAUGGUGGUGGCCUUUGCCUUUGGGAAUGGGCAAGCCCUUGCUGCCUUUGGCUUUCCAGGUUGCCUUGACCAGCCAAGCCUUGGGUAGCUCCUCUCUGCGGCUGCUGCUGCCUGGCAUCUUUGCUCCUCUUCCCCAGCUUUCAGGAGGAGGAGAAAGAAGGAAGGAAGAGGGAUUUGAUGUCUAUUUUUUGGGGCUAGGUUUCAAAAGCCCCCUUCUGCAAUCCAGGGCUGCUUCUGCGGCGGAAGAGAAAAGUUGCAGCUCUAUUUAUUUCUUAUUUUCCCCUCCCCUGCACCUGCCAUUGAGACUUCCUGUUCAGAGAGCCCAACCGCUGCCUUUGGGUCCUUCCUCUUUUUUUGGAGUUUAGCAAAGCGUUUAACUCCUCUCUUCCCUUCCAGGCCUUUUUCUUCCUCCCAAACUGGACAAGGAUGGAGCUGUGGGCUCCUCAGAAAGACUGAAGAAGUGGAUUUUGUUUUUGUUUUGUUUUUUUCUCACCUGGGUAUGAAGCUGUCAAGGCAGGAGAAGGCAGCUUCAAGGGACUGACCCUCUUCAUGAUGGUGGCUGGUCCCUGAUUUUUGGAGGAGUCACCUUGCAAGGAGACCCCCUCUUCUUCAUUUCAUGGAGCACCACCAUGAAAUGCAUUUGAGGCAUCCGUGACACGUGUUUGGACUACCUCCACGUCCCCUUUUUGGCUGGGAUCAAAGUUUGGGUUUGAAGGGGUGUUUGCUUCCCUCGACCUUUUGUGGAGGGAAGAAGAUCACAUCAGGACUUGGAAAACCAUUCUUUUUAUUUAUUGUAUCGUGGGGAGCUUUGCAGUCUCGAGAAUGGGCAAUGCAGCAAGCAGCAUGGAGAUGUCUCCAGCCAAGGAGAUUAAAAGCCAGCCAACCGCCUCUUCGCCUCUGCCCCCCAAACACCCUGCGCCCCCCAAGCAGCCCAUGCCCAGCGCUGGCGAACUGGAAGAGCGGUUCUCUUAUGUGCUGAAUUCUAUGAACUUGCCACCAGACAAAAUGAAGUUAUUGAGCCAGUAUGACAAUGAAAAGAAAUGGGAGUUGAUCUGUGAUCAGGAAAGGUUUCAAGUGAAAAACCCACCUUCUGCCUAUAUCCAGAAACUGAAGGGCUAUCUGGACUCUGGUGGAUUCAGUGGAAAGUUCAAGAGGCGGGUUCAAGAGUCCACCCAGGUGCUUCGAGAGUUAGAGAUAUCUCUGAGGACAAAUUAUAUUGGCUGGGUCCAGGAAUUCCUGAAUGAAGAAAACAAGGGCCUUGAUGUCUUGGUGGACUACCUUGCCUUUGCCCAGUGCUCUGUCACGUAUGAUAUGGACAGCACUGACAAUGGGAGUCCUGGGUCCGACAAGGGGAGACCCCUGGACAGAUCCAUGGAAGACCUCAGCAGAAACAGCUCCCCCACGCAGGGCUCCACCAAAACAAGGCACUUCACUGUCAGGUGUUGCCAUUUGAAUCAGCAGAUCCAAACAUUCUUUCAACAAGUCCACCCAAGCGUCCCCUCCUCCAGCACCCCCGGGAGCGAGCAGGACUGUAAGCCCAGGCCACCUGUCAACUCCUACUCACCCCGAAUCAAUACGGCACACAGUAGGAAAGCGCUGAGGAACUCACGCAUUGUCAGCCAGAAGGAUGAUGUCCACGUUUGCAUCAUGUGUCUCCGUGCCAUCAUGAAUUAUCAGUCUGGCUUCAGCCUUGUAAUGAACCACCCUGCCUGUGUCAAUGAGAUCACUCUCAGCCUCAACAACAAGAACCCCAGAACCAAAGCUCUUGUCCUUGAGCUGUUGGCUGCUGUUUGUUUGGUCCGAGGUGGGCAUGACAUCAUUCUGGCGGCCUUUGACAACUUCAAGGAGGUUUGUGGUGAAAAAAAUCGCUUUGAGAAGCUGAUGGAAUAUUUCAGAAAUGAAGACAGCAACAUAGAUUUCAUGGUGGCUUGCAUGCAGUUCAUCAACAUUGUGGUUCAUUCUGUGGAGAACAUGAAUUUCCGUGUCUUCUUACAAUAUGAGUUCACGCAGUUGGGACUGGAUGAAUAUCUAGAGAGGCUGCGCUAUACAGAGAGUGAUAAGUUGCAGGUGCAGAUCCAAGCCUACCUGGACAACAUCUUUGAUGUGGGUGCCCUGUUAGAAGACACUGAAACCAAAAACGCUGUUCUGGAGCAUGUGGAGGAUUUGCAGGAAGAAGUUGGACAGCUCACAGAGAAGCUCCAGGAUGCGGAGAAUGAGUCUUUGGCAAGGGUUGCUGAGUUAGAGAAGCAGCUUUGUCAAUCACGCCGUGAGCUGGAGGCUCUGAGAGCUAGAACCACAAGCAAUGAGCAGAGCACAGAGGAGCAAACUAGCAAAGUAAAUGUUCUAAAGGGCCCCCCUUUGCUACAAAAGCAGUUAUCGCAAGGAGCAGGAGAACCCCCAUUGCCUUCUGCCUUGGAGCGCAAACUAGAGGAGCUUGAAGAUAAGGGGUUGAUUCGGAUCUUGCGUGGACCUGGUGGUGAUGCCAUUACGGGCAUUGAAAUCAUCCCAGUCAUUAUGGAUGCCACAGCAGCCACCACCAUUACUAUUGAGGCACCUUCAUCAACCAGCACAGAUUUUCCUUCACCAUCUGCAUCGCCUGUCCCUCCAGCUGUUCCAGAAAUCCCACCAGCACCGCCCCUGCCCUUCACUCAGGAUAGCAGUCCUGUGAUUGUCCAAACUUCUCAAACUUCUCAGGAAGAAAUCUCUCUUCCUCCUCCUCCUCCACCUCCCCCAGCACCACCUCUUCCAGGGGUCAGUGAUCCUCCACCUGCCCCACCGCUUCCUAUGGCUGCGACUGCAUCCCAUCCGCCGCCACCUCCACCCCUCCCAUCAGUGAAUGGUCCAGCUCCUCCUCCUCCUCCCCCUCCUCCCAUGGUGGAAGGGGUGAAUCUGCCAGGAAUCACUGUUAGUUCAGCUGUCAAGAUCAAGAAGCCAAUACAGACCAAAUUCCGCAUGCCUAUCUUCAACUGGGUUGCUUUGAAGCCAAACCAGGUCAAUGGAACAGUCUUCAAUGAACUCAAUGAUGAGAAAGUCCUUCAGGAGUUGGACAUGAAUCACUUUGAGGACCAGUUCAAAACGAGAGCACAAGGCCCAAGUCGAGAGUUUGGUGCUGUAAAAGUGAAAGUCUCCCAGAAAGCCUCCAGUAAAGUGACGCUGAUUGAGUGCAACCGGGCAAAGAACCUGGCUAUCACACUCCGCAAGGGAGGGCUUCCCAUCGAUGGCAUUUGCAAGGCCAUUCAGACAUAUGACCUACAGUCCCUCAGCCUUGAUUUUCUGGAGUUGCUGAUGCGCUUCAUUCCCACGGAAUAUGAGCUCACAACAAUCCGCAAGUAUGAGAAGGAGCAACGGCCACUGGAUGACCUCUCAGAUGAGGACCAGUUCAUGAUCAAGUUCAGCAAGAUCCCCCGACUCACUGAGCGCAUGAACAUCAUGACCUUCUUAGGCAACUUUGGAGACACUGUACAGCUCCUUCUGCCGCAGCUGAAUGCUGUCAUCGCUGCUUCAAUGUCAGUCAAGUCUUCUACCAGACUGCGGCAGAUUCUCGAGAUUGUACUUGCUUUUGGGAAUUACCUGAACAGUAGCAAAAGGGGAGCUGCCUAUGGGUUCCGGUUGCAGAGCCUUGAUGCACUCCUGGAUAUGAAAUCAACAGAUCGGAAACAGACGCUACUCCAUUACAUAGUGCGGGUGAUUGAGGAGAAAUAUCCUGACCUCAUAAAUUUCUCCAGUGAACUGCAUUUCCUAGACAAAGCAGCGACAGUAUCACUAGACAGUGUAUUGCAAGAUGUGAGAGGCCUACAGCGGGGAAUGGAGCUCACGCGUAAAGAGUUCCUGCGCCAAGAUGAUAGUGCUGUGCUCAAGGAUUUCCUGAAGGCCAACACAGAGGUGAUGGAGAAGCUCCAAGCAGACAGUAAAACUGCACAGGAGGCCUAUGAGGCAACAGUAGAAUACUUCGGAGAAAAUCCCAAGACCACUCCUCCAACCAUGUUCUUCCCCAUGUUUGUGCGCUUCAUUAAGGCAUACAAGAAAGCAGAGGACGAUAUCCAAUUAUGGAAAAAGCAGGAAGCAGCUGCCAAAGAAGAGGAGAUGGACUCCUCCAAGAAAGAGGAGCAGGUAGCACCAAAGUCUCCCACCCAUAAGGCCAAGCGGCAGCAGAUGGACCUCAUUGCUGAACUGAAGAAGAAGCAGAUGGUGAAAGAGCCUCUCAUUUAUGAGGAAAAGGAUGGAGCCAUUGAGGAUAUUAUUACGGGCCUGCGGAACCAGCCAUACCGGCGAGGGGACACUGGGCGGCACAGUGGCAGGAAACGGAUUGUUGGGCAGACGCUGCAGGUGACAUCUGACAUCUCUCUGUGACAGCCACGGAUAGGAACAGCAGACUAGCCAGGCCUUGGUUUGCAGGGAGAGGCAAGAGUGUGGGGGUUUAUUGCCAACAGGCCUGGACCUAAACCCCCUCCUGCCUCCAGAAAAAAAAACAGAGGGCUCAGGGCAGAUUUCCCCUCUUCUUUCAGCUUUUAAAGCCAUCUGUGGGACUUUGCACAUGCAGGCACUGCCCGCUGCUUCACUUGGAACUCAGAAGGCCUUUCUUGCUUGUGUUUGCCUGCCCCAUGGUGGAAUUCUGCCAGUGGGGAAAGUCUCACUCUGCACUGCAGGGACAGCGAAUGGUGCUUGACGAUGACUCCACAGCCACAGCAGCAAACCAACCAAUAAGAACCACCUUCUGCAGCCAUGGAGUCAUUGUGGUUUCUUCCUUCCCUGAAAAGGCAGCAAGUGGCACAAAAGUCUGGAUUCCUACUCCCUGGUCUCCUUUCCAUCUAGCCUGAUCUAGUUCCUUUGCCUGCUAUGUUUAUAUUCAAGGCAUUUUGUUCUGCUUUAAUCCUCCAUUUUUUCCCUUUCUGGAUUGCAGAAGGGGUAAUGUGGAGUUUGAAGAAGUAUCUCCUCUCAGCCACCACUUACCAUGAACAGUGCUGCUUCUCAAUAGGAGCACUCAAAAAGGGUUAUUAACCCAAGAAUGUGUCUCUUAAGGAACACUUAAGCCAUGCAAAAGGGGUGCAAUGGGGGCUACCUAUCUAAUAGGUCCAAGCAGACGCUGGGUUAUUCCUAGGUGAUGGAAAGCAUGCUGUGCAGAACAGCCUCCAACUCCAGCACUUUUUCAGAUAUCUUCCUUGGAAAUGUAAGAACAAUUUCAGCACUCUGAACCCACCAAACUCCUGACAGUAUUCUGAUUAUGAUACAGUGUGUCGACUUCUGUGGCUUCUCUCCCUUUGCCACGUUUUUGGUCAACGCACUCACAUAUAGGCCAGGCCUGCUGUUUCCCUCAAAGCUGGACUUUUCUGAUUGUGUGUCCUAAAUAAAUAGCAGUGCCGUUGUGGUAGUAGAUGGCAGAAAAGAGAGGAAGGAAAUAGGGAAGGCAGUAAAUUGACUUCUUGUUCUGUCCUCUAUGUUGAUGAAGUCUAGAUUUGCCCAAUAUUAUGGCCACAUGCAGCUGUUUUUUAAAAAAAAUUGUGGCUCCAAUAAUCCCCAGGUAGCUAGGGAUUCUGUUUGGAAAAUUGUGCAAGUUAGAAUUCCCAAACCUAACUUGUCCAAACUGUUUGUAUUUACAAACUAAAGCAGAUAGUAAUUAUGUCACUGCUAAUAAUUGGAUGUGGACCACUUCAAAAAAUUAAUCAAAUGAUGGCAUUGUCCAUCCUUCUGCCCUCAAAGUUUUCUGCACAAAUCUGAAUGUAGCGUAAUGGAAGAACGAUCCAACGUCUGAUGGUAGGGAAGAUAAUUUGUGCCCCUCCUAAUACAUUGUACGAACACUCCCAAGAUCCCUCGUUGGCUUGGUUGGCUGGAGUUGAUGGCAGAUAUAGUCCAACAGCAGCUGAAGGGCUACAUGAGACUUGAGUUUCUCGGGACCAGACAUUCCCUAAAAUAAUUAGCACAAUGAUGAGCUCUAGGAAAGAAGGCCUGGUCAGUGGAACAGCAUCUCAGGAUUUAAGGUUUUAGCACAGAGUUCCCUUUGGCACUUUUUAAACCCACUUCCUCUGAUGCAAACAAGCUCAGAGUGGUUUUGUGACAAUCAAACUGAGUAUUGGAGCUGCUGUUCUUUUUCUUGCCACAGUUUUCUGUGGAUUUUCACCAGUGCUUUUUCUCCUCCAGGCAGAAUUUCCAAGGGCAUUAGAUCCCUUCCCGCCACUUGCCCCUUUCAAAUCUACCUUAUUAAACACUCUUCUACAAUCAGGUCAAAAUGGAGAGUGAAGGUGAUAACUAAGUCAGUUAGACCUUGUACACUGUAACUUCCAUGAUUGCUCUUCAAUAGAAAUUCAGUUGGCCAUUGCACUGUCACCAUCUGAAGACAUUUCUGCACAAAAUUCAAAUGGAGCCAGAUUGUCUGAAGGAACAACCAUCAUGCCACUACUAUACUUAAAGGCAUGCAGUCCUUUCCAGAAUUGGGAACUACUUUUUAAAUGAGAACUUCCACAUUGUCCAUAUUGGCUGGAGAUUCAAGAGUUUUAGUCCAAAAAGUAAUUUCUCGUGUUCUGGUCUUCAUGUGUUCUGUCCUUAGUGACACUUGUCCCCAGACAUUUGUCACACCCUCUUCCCCCAUGAGCUGGUUCCAAAUCCUUACAAAUCAUCAUAUUUUCCUUUCCACUUUAGUGGGAGAAGAUUAUGCAAACUCCAAAACCACUUUAGGAAGAAUCUUUUCUAGCCAUCCCUUGCAGUUGAACAUCAUCACACCUUCCCGAUGUAAUCGGACUGUCCUCUUUGCACAAACCCAAGCUACCUAACAAUUUGCCACUUCAGAGGACACUGUUACACCAAGAUCGGUGGCUCUGUUGUAGUCCUGGCCCCCUUUACUCCAGCAUGCAAGCCCCACAGCAGCCCCAAGCGCAUGAUCCAGCAGGUGCUGACCUGCAUGCACAACGAAGCUCCUGGUUGAUCUCAGUGAGAUGAUGGAAAUCUCUCAAAAACAGACCAAUGCUAAGCCAACUCCCUCCCUCCAUUUUCAUCCUGCUCCAGACCUGAAACAGCACAUCCAACGAGAAGACCAAGCUUAGACUUUGGCUACUUGUUACUUACCUGCAAUCAUGUAAAAGCAGCUACAAUAUUCACAGCAUACAAUCAGCGUUGGAACUUUGCCCACUGAUUCAUCAUACUGGGGGGAGGGAGAGGGCGUUGUCAGGACAAAAAAUUGAAUGUGUGCAACUUAUUAUGUUUUUUAAAAUGCCUUGAAUCAUGUAAGGGGGACCCUACAUGAGUGCUAGUUUGUAUACAUUAUUUUUAUAUAUCGUUAUGUGAAUGGCAUUUAAUCCAAAGCAACUUAACAAUGACAGAACAAUAAUAAACAUAUUAUAAAGGU